AUGAUUAUUGAUUCACAGAAGAAUACAAAGAAUUCAACUGGGGAGAUAAAAACAUUUAGAAUUGGCAUUACUGGUCCACCCGGUGUUGGAAAAUCAACUUUUAUUGAAAAAUUUGGAACUUUUUUGGUCGCAAAAGGACAUCGAAUAGCUGUUUUGGCUGUUGAUCCAUCAUCGUCUCGUACAGGUGGGUCAAUUUUAGGUGAUAAGACAAGAAUGCCCGAAUUGUCAUAUAAUAAUGAUGCUUAUGUCCGUCCAUCACCAAGUCGUGGCACGCUUGGUGGUGUAAGUAGUAGUAAUGGUUUUGAACUUUUGAAAUUAUCAAAAUAUACAUCUGCGGGUUAUGAUAUAUGCAUUAUUGAAACUGUUGGUGUUGGUCAAUCAGAAACAAUAGUAUCCGAAAUGGUUGAUAUGUUUGUGUUGAUGGUGCCGCCUGCAGGUGGUGAUGAAAUACAAGGUUUGAAAAAAGGGAUCGUUGAAGUAUCUGAUUUAGUUAUCGUAAAUAAAGCCGAUGGAAUUUUGGCACAGUCUGCUAGAGAAGCAGUUGUUGAAUAUACUAGCGCAUUAAAAUAUCUUCGACCAAGCACACCUGUCUGGAGACCCAAAGUCACAAGCGUAUCUUCAAAGACUAAUGAUGGAAUCGAAAAUACUUGGAACGUCAUGCAGGAGUAUUAUAAUUCAAUGAAGGAUUAUAGUGAACUAGCAAAGAAAAGAGGUGAACAAAGAAAACUGUGGAUGUGGCGUCAAAUUACAUCAGAAAUUUUGGAGAGGCUAAGGUCCAAUCAAUCUAUAAAAAGUCUAGUAGAUGAGUUAGAACAUAAAGUAUUUAAGGGAGAAAUGACCUCUGGGAAAGCUGCUGAUAUCGUUGUAAAUCAAUUUACUCAUCGAAUUGUCCAGGACAACGACACUAACUUCACUACUACAUCUAUUUAA